AGAUGCGCUGCAAAAAUUGUAGUAUAUACGUUAUCCUCUGCAUGUUUACUUUGGUCUAAGAAUAUGGAGUGCAAUUAUUAUUCUAGAAAGGUAUGUUUCAGUUUUUUUUUUGUUUUAUGAAUGCCGACUUUCAAACACAAAGAAAAAGCGUCUAUUGAUCUCGAUAAUAGACAACUGCAAAAUUCCUAAAAAAAAUUAUAUAAUGAGUAAGUUCCUAAGAUAUGCUGAUGGUUGUGGGGCACAACAAUGAUUUGGUCUUGGUAUCUUUAUUAUACUCCUAAUUCAGCAUAUUUCUGAUAUUCUGACUCAGAUCGAUAAAAAAAAAGCGUCCCUUCGCGUCCACAAUUUAUUGAUUUAUCCCCAGACGGUUUUAUUUUCUUAUUAUCGCUCGACAAUCGAUAAAACUAUCGAUUAAUUCUAUCGUAUAUGAUAAUUCCAUAGGGGUGAAAUACCAUUGCCUUUCGUAAGAAUCUUUAUAAUCUACUGAAUUUUUAGGUAAUAUGAACUAGAACGAGGCGAUAAUAGAGGAUUUUUUCCUAUCGAUUUUAGACAAAUCCAUCGUGAGUCAUAGGGAUGAAACACAAAUAUAUAUAUAUAUAUAAGUGAGCAAGAAACGCUUUCGCUUGUAUUUGUAGUCGCGAUGCUGACUAGACGGUCGGGAGAGCUAACUUUCUCACGGCAUAUAGAUGACAUCUUAAAGCAUCUUGUUUGGUCUUGCGGAGCUAUUGAAUCUGUUCUUUCACUUGAAAAAAGAGAUUCUGGAACUUGCGAUCAUAGCGAGCAUGAAGAGGAUAACACUAGCCAGUCUCAAUGGCCUACUCAGGAAAUGGUAUACUCCUUGUUGACCAUGCUGGGAACUAAUGAUCCAGAUGAAUUAAGCAAAACAUUGCUGAGUUUAUCGACGUCAAUAGAGGCUUGCAGCGCAAUGAGACAAUGCGGUUGCAUAGCUCUCUUAGUGCAAUUGAUGCAUGCUCCAAAUACAACAGCAUCGGCACGGAGAACUUCUUCGGCUGCUUUACAUAACCUAGUUCAUUCUCAGUUAGACGAAAGAAAUUCCAGAAGGGAAAUUCGAGUUUUGAGAUUAUUAGAACAAAUUAGAUUGCACUGCGACUUUCUUAGAACUCGCCAACCUUGUCAAUCUGAUCCCCAGCCUGGACCUGCUAUAGCUACGUUAAUGAAGCUAAGUUUCGAUGAACAGCAUAGAGCAGCAAUAUGUAGGCUUGGUGGUUUGCAAGCUAUUGCCGACCUACUUCAAGCGGAACAUGAAAUGGUCGGAUUAUAUGCCACUGACCAGCAAAGCGUUACUAUGAGGAGAUACGCCUGUAUGGCGCUAACAAAUUUAACUUUUGGUGACGCUCACAAUAAGCGUCUGCUGUGCAGUCCCGAGAUGAAGAAAGCUCUAAACGCAUUAGUGGAACAGUUAAAGUCAUCUAGCGAUGAUCUCAGACAAGUCGCCGCGUCAGUUCUUAGAAAUUUAUCAUGGAGAGCCGAUCCUGUAUCUAAAAAGGCGCUCAGGGAAGUUGGUACAGUUAAAGCUCUUGUUAGAGCCGCUAUGAGUUCGGUCAAGGAAGCAACACUUAAAAGUAUGCUUUCAGCUUUAUGGAAUCUGAGCGCUCAUUGCACCCAUAAUAAGGCGGACGUCUGUGGCGUUGAUGGAGCACUUGUUUUUCUCGUCGCAACCUUGACUUAUAAGCCGUCUCUAUCCCAUAGUCCUCUGUCUGGGGGUCCAUCAACAGCUUUAGCAAUAGUUGAGAAUGGAGGUGGAAUUCUUCGGAACGUCUCGUCGCAUGUGGCAAUUUAUGAGGAGUAUAGAACUAUUCUAAGAAGCCAUGGUGCCCUACCCGUCUUAUUGUCACAUUUAACUUCGUCAAGUUUAACUAUUGUUAGUAACGCCUGUGGAACUCUGUGGAAUUUAUCAGCUCGAAAUAACGAAGAUCAACACAAAUUAGUCGAAUUAGGAGCUAUACCAAUGCUUAGGAAUCUUGUUCAUUCCAAACAUAAAAUGAUAAGUAUGGGGUCAACGGCCGCUUUAAGAAAUCUUUUACAAGCACUUCCGGAACAUGCUGCUGCUAUGGCUUUGAGACCAGCGACUUCUCCCGCUGCCCCCGGUCUAUAUGUAAGGAAAUUGAGGGCCUUCGAAAAGGAAUUGGAAGAACAAGGAAAUGGUCUUGGCGAAACUUGCGAUAACGUCGAUAGUCCAAUUUCAUCGCCCGAAGCAUCGCCUAAACAUUCUCCAGUGUUUCAGAGAUGGCAGCAGCGCCCUCUUUCAUUAGUCUCCGCAACUUACGUUCACUCCAGCCAAACAGGCGAAAAAAUAAUCUUCCAUGACGAGGAUGAGGAAGAAUUAGAAGUUGGUAUAGACGCCCACGAUGACCAGGCAACGCCCAGAAACUCGACUCUAUUAUCAGAGGGCUGCGAAGGAAGUGAGCCAAGGGAAUUAGAGACAACUUUUGAGGGUAUUGUCCGCAUAUCGGCUAGCGAAGAAAAUCUCUUGGCAAAAUGCGCACAAGUAUCUACUCCACGAGUGAGAAGAUCUUGCUCAUCACAAUUAAAAGGUGGUCAGAAGGUUAAGGCUGCCACAAGACCGGCUUCUAUAGUCGUUAAUAGUACACUAUGGGAGAAGAAGGAAAUUGUUCUACCAUCUACUUCCUGCCACGUUCUUCCAGAUAACUUUGAUAUUCUUCCACCACCUCCUGAGUUCUCUUGUCCAGUGAAUUUCCCAGAAGAGCCGGUUAAAGAGGUAAUCACGCAGGAUAGCACACAAAAAGAGGAACCAUCAAUUAAAACUUCCGAGUCGUUCGAAAGGAACCAAACUGAAAAAAUGUUCAAUCAGUUAGAAGAAGACGCUAGUAAAAUACUUAAUAGAAUAAAAAUUGAGAAUUCUCAAGCCAAUAGCAAUAAACUUGACGAUAAUAAAAUAGCUAAAACAGAAUCAGAAAAUGAGAACACUGCCACAAUUAUCAAAGAAGAAAAAGAAACUGAGGAAGACGAGAAACCAAAAAGAGGACCAAGAAUACUAAAAUCUUUCGAGCAUACAGAUUUAAAAACAAUAAGAACAGGGAAAGCACAUCAAAAGCAAGCUCCUGUUAGAAAGAAUUCACAAUUGGAAAAGAAGCUGAAUAAAGCUGAAAAAAAUGUCUCAAAACUAGUCCAGCCUAUAAAAAAGUCAUCGCAAAAAUCAAAAUUCAGUUUUGUUAAACCGAAAAUAUUAACAAGAUGGGAAACUCCACCGAAACCGUCGACAGAUAAGGACAAAUCAAAAAUUAGUAAGAACAUUAAGGAUACGAAAAAGUUAACAAUAAUAAAACCAACGAAAGAGAGUAACUCAAAGGUCAAAACAUCAAAAAUCAAUCAAUCCAAAAUUACCAACGGAAGUAAUAACAUAGUGAAAAAAACAUCGAAUGAAGACGAAAUCAAUGCCAAUAUAACUUCUGACGCUAAAACAAUAAAAGGAAAGGCGAAAUCAGCCAUUCCAACAAAAAAAUUUGUUAAUAGCAAAACGGUUAAAGCGUCUAAAAGACCAACAACUACUCCUCCCCCGCCUCCUCCCCAAAAGCAAAAUACUUUUACAAGGCCACCAACAAGAAGUUCAACAUAUGAUAAAUUAGAUGACGUUAAUAAGUUUACUAAAUUAGAUAUGGAAGAAGACAAGAAUGAAAACUGCGGUAGAAGAGAAGCAGUCGUAGUUCCAUUUAACUAUCAAGCAGUUCAAGGUGACGAAAAUAAUCCUAUGGAAGAAAGUAUGACAAAAACAGCAAUGUUAUUGGCAAGAAGGCAACAACAGCUAUUAGAAAAUAAUAGAACACCUAUAUCAGCUUCGACAGUUGUGUGA